UGUCUCUUUCGGGUUACUUACCCCGGGCUCCUUCAAUCCUUCGCCACGUUGUUUAUGAUACCCUCCCUCCAUUGGCAAUCGGGCACUUUUGUAGACAAUCUAACCAUCGAAGCCGUUGGGUUACCUUUUCCAAGUUUCUUUUUCUUCUUUUUUUUCAACCCUCUUGUAUUACCAUUACCAGCUGAGCAAUAAUGGGCACUCCAGACCGCGAUGCAACCGAGUCUACCUCGACGUUACCUGACGACCCCGACACCCUGUCGGAGGCCGAAGCGUCAAAGUUGAUGCGCAAGAUCGACCUCCACGUGCUCCCCAUGCUCUUCCUGAUCUAUGUUGCAGCCUUUCUUGAUAGGGCGAACAUAUCAAAUGCUCUCACUAUGAGAUUACCAGAGGAGUUGGGAUUGACUGGCCAACAACCUAACAUUGCGCUGGCCGUGUUCUUCGUUCCUUAUAUUGUUUUCGAAAUACCUUCAAACAUUUUAAUGAAGCGAUUUAGCCCUCAUGUAUGGCUGUCUCUUUGCAUCCUCUGUUUCGGCGUUGUCAUGCUGGGUCAGGGCUUCAUCCGGAACUACAGCGGCCUGCUCGCGACGCGCUUCUUACUUGGAUUCUUUGAAGCUGGCAUCUUCCCGGGGAGUUUCUAUUUAAUCAGUUUCUGGUAUAAGCGGCAAGAGUCGCAGAAACGGUUCACCGUUUAUUUUUGCUCCGUCAUCCUAGCUUCUGCCUUCGGUGGUCUCCUGGCCUCUGCGAUCGCAGAAAUGGACGGGAUACGAGGCAUAAGUAACUGGAGGUGGAUUUUUAUAUUAGAAGGCAUCCUAACUAUUCUAGUCGCUAUCGCGGGGUAUUUCUUCGUCAGUGAUUUCCCUGCCGAGACAAAGUGGUUAUCUGAAAGAGAGAAACAAUUCGUUCUGAGAAAAACUCGUACGGAGGAGACUACGGAAGAGAAGAUCACUGGGAAAGAUAUUAUUGAGUUCUUCAAGGAUCCCAAGAAUUACCUCGGUGCGAUAAUGUACUUCUGUGUUGUCGUUCCGGUUUAUGCAUUCGCCUAUUUCACACCCACAAUCGUCAAGACGCUCGGAUACUCAGUAGUCCAAACACAACUGCAUUCAAUCCCCCCAUUUGCAGCUGCGCUCGGAUUGUGUCUCGUAUUAACAUAUCUGUCGGACCGAACAGAUAGUCGUCUUCCAUUUAUUAUGUUCCCAAUCGCUGUUCUCAUCGCAGGACUUGCGAUUUUGAUGACGACGCAUUCGAACUUCUCAGUGCAGUAUGCAGGACUUUGCUUAGUCUGUAUGGGUGCCUUCAGUGCGGGUCCCGUAGUGAUUUGCUGGUAUCUUAUGAAUCUCCAAGGACAUAAGCAACGAAGCAUUGGUUCAGCGUGGAUGAUCAGCUUUGGUAAUACGGGUGGAAUACUGGCCCCUUUCUCAUUUCUACCAAGAGACGCUCCAUAUUAUCAUCCCGGCUACUCGGCGUGUAUGGCGGUCGCGGCGGUGGGGGUUGCGGCAAAUCUCUGCUAUGCACUACUUAUACUGAGGGAGAGGCGCAGGGUACAACAUGAUGGCGGAACCGAGAAGAAGCAUGAUCUGUCAUUGUAGAUGUACUUCGCCGAAUCUGCGGGUGACGAGUGACGGGUGAUGGGUGAUAACACAUCGGUCUAACCGGUAGAACUUGGACUCGAUAGUACCGAAAGGCCCGCAGAUACAACCGCAGAUACAACCACAGAUACAACCAACGUAAGGGAGUGUAACACCGCUUGUGGCUCCGCCAUG